UGAGCGUAGGACUGUCCGGUCGCUACUCCCUGUAGGGCGGAGGCCUGAUGCUGCCGGGAGGGAAGGGGCGUAGCUGCCAGUGGACAUGGCGGCGCGCAGCAGCGGGGCUGUGCUCGCCGCCCUGGGAGUGCUUAGUGUUUGUGCGGUCGGCAGCGCAGGGCCCAUGGCUGAGGGGGAGACCAGCGGGGAAACGGGCUGGGCGGAGCCGUGGGAUGGUGCAGUUUUCCGGCCGCCCUCGGCGUUGGGUGCGGUGAGGGUGGCGCGCAAUCCGGGGGCCUCGCGGCCAGGGAGGGAGGAGGCCGUGGACUUGCCGGUGCUGCUGUGGUGGAGCCCGGGGCUAUUUCCCCACUUCCCCGGCAACGCGGAGCGCAUCGAGUGCGCGCGUGGCGCGUGCGUGGCGUCUCGGGACCGACGGGUCCGGGGGCACUCGCGGACGCGCGCGCUGCUCUUCUAUGGCACUGACUUUCGUGCCUCCGAGGCGCCACUGCCGCGCCUUGCGCAUCAGAACUGGGCGCUCCUGCACGAGGAGUCGCCCCUCAAUAACUUCCUGCUGAGCCACGGGCCGGGCAUCCGCCUCUUCAAUCUUACUGCCACCUUCAGCCGCCAUUCGGAUUACCCGUUGCCGCUUCAGUGGCUGCCCGGGACCGCUUAUUUGCGCCACGCGGCGCCUCCGCUACAGGAGCGCGCAGAGUGGCGCCAACGUGGCUACGCGCCGCUGCUGUAUCUGCAGUCCCACUGCGACGUGCCUGCGGAUCGGGACCGCUACGUGCGCGAGCUGAUGCGUUACAUCCCGGUGGACUCCUACGGGAAAUGCCUGCAAAAUCGGGAGCUACCCACUCCGCGUUUACAGGACACAGCCACAGCUACCACCGAGGAUCCAGAGCUCUUGGCCUUCUUGUCUCGCUAUAAGUUCCACUUGGCCCUUGAAAAUGCCAUCUGUGACGACUACAUGACAGAGAAACUGUGGCGCCCCAUGCAUCUCGGUGCUGUGCCUGUGUAUCGCGGCUCUCCCUCUGUGAGGGACUGGAUGCCAAACAAUCACUCCAUUAUCCUCAUUGAUGACUUUGAAUCACCUCAGAAGCUGGCAGAAUUUAUUGACUUUCUGGACAAGAAUGAUGAGGAAUAUAUGAAAUACCUGGCAUACAAACAACCUGGGGGCAUCACCAACCAGUUCCUUCUGGAUAGUCUGAAGCAUCGGGAGUGGGGAGUGAAUGAUCCUUUGCUGCCUAACUACCUCAAUGGCUUUGAGUGUUUCGUCUGUGACCAUGAACUGGCUCGGCUGGAGGCCGAGAAAGCCCACGCAGCCUCUCCUGGGGACACCCCUGUACCUGAGCCUCACAUUGCCCAGCCCUCACACAUGGACUGCCCAGUGCCCACACCUGGCUUUGGCAGUGUGGAAGAGAUACCUGAGAAUGACAGCUGGAAGGAGAUGUGGCUGCAAGAUUAUUGGCAAGGUCUGGACCAGGGGGAAGCUCUCACUGCCAUGAUCCACAACAAUGAGACAAAGCAGAGGAAAUUUUGGGAUUACCUACAUGAGAUCUUCAUGAAAAGGAGCCAAAAUCUCUAAUUACCCUUACAACAACCUUUAAAUUGGUAGAGUUAAGGAGAUGGAAGUUCUUAUUCUACCAUGGGACAUGAGGGGCAUCUGUUGCACAACCCUUAACGAACAUUGUCUUAUUAUGAGUUCAAGAAAUUCCAGUUAUAUCCACUCAUAUUUUAUCCUAA